UAUGUAUUAGGAUUUGUUCAGGAUCGACGAAAAUGAUCUUUACAAAAAAUAGAAUGACUAGUUGUACAAUAAUAUAGGUAACGAUAUUCAAUAUGUAUGGCCCAAAACAAUGGCUAAUUAUUUUAUCGGAACCACUUGUUCAAAACCAUACCGAAAGACAGCCAGUCUAUGACCAGAAAAGGAUAGAGAAAGCCACGUCCAUUACUCCGUAAUGUCGCGUGUUUAGUGUCGAAACAACUGACUUCUCCGACUUCAAAACUCACAAUUUCCCAACUCUAUCUUGUAACAAACGCAGCUUUCGAUUCUCUCAUGCACGUGACUAAGUGGAAUGGGGAGGCGGAAGUGGCGUUGACAAUCACAGCUUGGUAUGUUUGUUUCCAGUAUCAAAACAAGUCUAAUAAACGUCGUUGUACUUUAAGUUCGUAAAUAAUAUGUCCGCUAUACCAGCAACUGUAAAUGAUCCACCGAAACCGCAUCGGCGGGAGGUUGAGGGGGAAGAAAAUCGACGAACGUGUCCAUCUCAACAUGAUCAUACACCCAACUUCACAGUAGGGCAAACAUUCCAGGAUGACCCCAGAGUCAGACCACCUGGACCUAGAUGGCAAGGCCCUCCGGGUGACCCCGGAACAUGGUGGUCACGCCCCUCUGGUGACCCUGAAACCAGGCAUCACCCUGUUGCUUCCCCGAGAGCAAGGUUAAGCCCCUCCGGCAACCCCCAGGCCAGGCCACGCCCUGCUGAUGACCCCACGGCCAGGUGGCCUUUCAUUGAUGACCCUACUCUCAGACCUCAGGUGGAUGACUGUGAGCGGAUGGGGACCCUGUUUGGGCAGCUGAACAAAUGCCUGCGCAGUGUAGGCUUUACCCAGAUGUACUUUGGGGAUAAAAUCGUGGAGCCUGUGAUCAUUAUCCUUUUUUGGGUUCUACUGUGGUUCCUGGGCAUCCAAGCUCUGGGUCUGGUGGGGACUCUGUGCAUUGUCAUUAUCUUCAUCCAGAAGUAACUGAAUAUCAUGCCUGUUUAAUUGGCUGUUGGGAGUUUUGGUGUAUGUUCUGUUUGCAUUAAGGCUUCCAAGAGCCUUAAUGCAAUGUUUCUCAAUGUUAUAGCCAGAAACACCAGAACAUUAGGAUUGCUGGAGAAAAAAAAAAAAGCCUUCUUCCUAACUACAAGUUGCCUCGUUUAAGGUUUUAAAACAAAUCAACUCAAAAUAUGGUCACUUGGCUCACUAGCUAGCUAUAUCCCAAUACUCAAUACAUAUUUCAUGUGUGAGUAAAGAUUUGAAAAAACGGAAUCAAUGCAAGCAAUAUCUGGUUUAUUUUGUCAACACUAGUUGGGAAUUAUUUUCAAACUACAGGCAGAGAUGAAAAUGUUGUCCACUAAUGAAUCUUACUGUGCAAAAUAAGAUAAAUGACCUCAUUGCCAAAAACAAGUACCUUUGAUUUUAAGUUGUAUAUUAUUGUUUAUCAUGAGGAAAAGCAAGGACGGUCUGUCAGGAGUACAUGGGUGCAUUGCCAUUGCUUGUGAUGUGAAAUCUAAAUUAUGAGGCUUAUAUUGUUCAGGAAAUUCUAUUUUUGGGGGGGGGGGGGGCAAAUCAUUCGGAACAUCAUUUGAACCUGUAACCUAAAUCAAGUAGUGGGCCUGUCAAACCGUAUGCAUUCUGUGACAUUUGUACAUACAAGUAGCACAUUUCUGUGAUACAGUAUAUUUGUACGGAAAAAAAACACCAAAAAGGAGAGUUCUACUAGUUAAUUUGACAUUCUUACAGACAGGGAGGGGUGAAAGGCCAGACAAAUAGCAGGUCUAAUAUGUAUUCAUUUAAUCCAUCUGUUGCAUUCAUUUUCAAUUCCCAAGACAUAUUAUCAGUUGCCCCUUUUAAGGGAUAUUGGAGGCAACAUCCUGGCAAGUCUGGGAAGGACCUGUAAUGCAUAUUUCUUAAUGACUUGUUGGGUUUCACAGUAACUUCAUUUGUCCCCUAUUUGUUCAAACAUCUCUCUUUGACAUGCAUAUGUUACCUCAAAGUAAUAUGUAAUUACUGUAAAUGAGAAAUGUGUGCUAAUGACAAGCAUGAAUGUUUACAUUGCACUUUUGUUAAUGGGAGUGGUAGAGACAGUUAUGUUAUUUUAGUCCUAUCCUUUUGAAUAAGUGUAUUGUAUUAUUCUAAAAUGUAACCAGAAGAUGGUGCUGUAAAGCUAACAUGCACUUUUUCUUAUAGUUUUUCAUGAUCAAUUUAUGUAGGAAAGGAUAUCAAAUUGUUUAAUGUUGAAACCCUCCGUGAGAGACUGGCAAUACUACUAAUAUAAUGUCUAAAGAUUGUGAUGAUGAUCAUGGGUGUCCAACAUCCAAAUGGAUGAUGCCUACUUACUACUGUAAGCCAAAGCAUGUUCAGUGUUCACUGCAUGAGAAUAAUUGUUUAACUUGUGGAAUACUAAGUUAAGCCUGACACACUCCUAGUCAAAUAUUUAGCAACACUAAAUAUUUAGCCAGGGAUGUGGUCCACAUAGUAAAUGAAAGUACAAUCCAAAGUUUUAGUAAUGUUUUUCAUACUAUUGGGGACACAAGCUCCUAGAUCUUUACGAAUGACAAAUAUCUAUCAGUGGACAUUGUUUAAAAAAACUUUUCUCAGGUUUUGAUUCAUUAGCUGUAGAAUACAACUGUCAUUUGAUCAUCUUCUAUGCCCAACUAAACUAUCUUAGUCUUGUGGAAUUAUAUUUGAUGUUUGGUAUAUUGUGAACAGUGUUUUAAUGUCCAUGAAGUAGGCUUUUAGGAGUGAGUACAAAGCUAAACCAUUGAAAUGUGAUAGAAUUUGGGAUUGAAUAAACAUAGCAUCAUAUAAAGGAUUUAUAUUUACAAGAAUGUACUUUUUCAGUUGUGACAAUGUUAAGAUGUUGGCCAAAUAACUUGGUGUAAAAGUGGAGGUGAUAAUUGGUUACUACAUUUGUUUUCUCAAGUGUGCCACUAAUUCAGUGUAAAUGCUUAACUGCUGUUUGGGAUGUUGUAUGUCAGGUGUUCUACAGAGAGAUCUUUCAGGGCAGAAAGGGGUGGCAUAUAUCUUUGAUUACUGAUUGUGCCAUACUCAUAAACAAAUUAAUGCUGCAUUUUUAUCAUUGUUUUUCUUUAUUUCUUUGAUUUAUUGUUUUGAUUUGAGUGAUAUUGUAACAAUAUUAUACAACUCUGAUACUUGCAAAAUGAUUUAAUUCAAAUAAUAUAUUUGAAAGGAAA